AUGAUGCGACGAGUUGUCGUGACAGGUCUCGGUGCCAUCUCGCCUUUUGGUGUCGGCGUGCGCUCCACAUGGAAUCGUCUCUUGGCUGGCCAGUCUGCCAUCACCAGUGUGGCCAACUUGGAGCCGCAAACCCGCUGGAAAGAUCUGAAGAGCACAGUUGCUGGCGUAGUCCCCAGUCAUGGCUCGGAUCCAGACCAUUGGCGGCCUGACGACUGGCUGGAUGCCACGGAACAGCGUCGCAUGUCUAGGUUUGCCCAGUAUGCCGUGGCAUGUGCUGAGAUGGCCAUGAAAGAUGCUGGGUGGCAGCCGUCCUGCCAAGACGACCAAGAGGCCACAGGCGUCUGCCUCGGAAGCGGCAUAGGAAAUCUAGAAGAGAUCUACGAAACGAGCUUGGCAUUUAACCAACAAGGCUACAAGAAAGUUUCGCCGCUGUUCGUCCCCAAGAUCCUCGUCAACCUGGCUGCUGGCCACAUCUCGAUAAAAUACGGGCUCCGGGGACCGAACCAUGCCGUUACAACCGCUUGUACCACUGGCGCCCAUUCCAUUGGGGAUGCCAUGCGGUUUAUUGCUUUCGGGGACGCAGACGUCAUGGUCGCUGGUGGUACCGAAUCUUGCAUCCAUCCCCUAACCUUUGCCGGUUUCGGAAGGGCAAGGUCCCUCUCCACGGCAUACAACCACGAACCCCACGCCAGCUGCCGUCCCUUUGACCGCGACCGCAACGGUUUUGUCAUCUCGGAGGGGUCGGCAGUUUUGGUGCUGGAGGAACUCGAGCACGCCAAGGCCCGGGGCGCUCGUAUCUACGCGGAAGUGAGGGGUUACGGCUGCAGCGGCGAUGCCCAUCACAUGACAGCCCCGCGCGAAGACGGCCAUGGAGCUUUCCGCGCCAUGAAGCUUGCCCUCAAGAAUGCCGGCGUUCGACCAAAGGAAGUGAGCUAUAUCAACGCGCACGCCACUGGGACGCAGGUGGGCGACGCGGCAGAAGCUUCCGCGAUACGACUCAUCAUGACAGGCGAGGAGGGUUACGCGGACGAGUCUUGUGUCACAGUGAGCAGCACCAAGGGUGCCGUCGGCCAUCUGUUAGGGGCGGCUGGCGCCAUUGAGGCAAUGUUCACCGUGCUAUCAGUCGCUGAGGAUAUUGUGCCACCCACGCUGAAUCUCGAAAACCCGAAUGUCGGGGGAUCCAUGAAUCUCGUGCCGCUUCAAGCGCAGACCAAACGGGUUGACAAUGCUAUUUCUAAUAGCUUCGGCUUCGGCGGCACGAAUGCCUCGCUUGUUUUCUCCAAGCUUCACUAG